UCUUGCUGAGCAGUCAUGGCGGAUCCCGCAGCCCCCGCGCCCGUCGCUCCGGCCCCGGCGGGUGGGCCGCCGGUGUGCGGCCCCGGCCCGGCGGCCGCCGGCUCGCAGCGCCUUCUCUUCUCUCACGACCUGGUGUCGGGCCGUUACCGCGGCUCCGUGCGCUUCGGGCUGGUGCGCCUCAUCCACGGCGAGGACUCGGACUCGGAGGGCGAGGAGGGCCGCGGCAGCUCCGGGGGCUCCGAGUCCGGCGGCCCGGGCAACGAGGAGAGCCGCGCCAGUCCCCUGCGCCGCGGCUACGUGCGCGUCCAGUGGUAUCCGGAGGGCGUCAAGCAGCACGUGAAGGAGACCAAGUUGAAAUUAGAGGAUCGUUCUGUGGUGCCCCGGGAUGUAGUCCGACACAUGAGCUCAAGUGAUAGUCAGUGUGGGACUGUGAUUGAUGUGAACAUUGACUGUGCUGUGAAACUUGUUGGUACCAACUGUAUCCUCUACCCUGUCAACAGCAAGGACCUGCAGCAUAUCUGGCCUUUCAUGUAUGGGGACUAUAUUGCCUAUGACUGCUGGCUAGGGAAGGUCUAUGACUUGAAGAACCAGAUAAUCCUGAAGUUGUCCAAUGGAGCCAGAUGUUCCAUGAGCACAGAAGAUGGCGCCAAACUCUAUGAUGUUUGCCCCCACGUCAGUGACUCGGGGCUCUUCUUUGAUGAUUCUUACGGCUUCUACCCAGGCCAGGUGCUCAUUGGCCCUUCCAAGGUCUUCUCCAGUGUACAAUGGCUGUCAGGUGUCAAGCCUGUGCUUAGCACCAAAAGCAAAUUCCGAGUGGUGGUAGAGGAGGUACAAGUUGUAGAGUUGAAAGUCACAUGGAUCACCAAAAGUUUCUGUCCGGGAGGCACAGACAGUGUCAGUCCCCCACCUUCCAUCAUCACACAGGAGAAUCUGGCUAGAGUAAAACGUCUUGGGUGUUUUGACCAUGCUCAGCGGCAACUUGGGGAGCGUUGUCUUUACGUCUUCCCAGCCAAGGUGGAGCCAGCCAAGAUUACCUGUGAAUGCCCUGAAAGAAACUGUGUGCUGGGCGAGGGCUUUGUGGCCAAAAAGGUAAAGCGAUUGCUGAAAAAGCAAAUUGUGAAGAUCAUGUCCUGCUCGCCAGAUUCCCCUGGCCCUGGGGAUCAUCCUGAUGGGGACCCUGACAAAGGGGAAGCCAGAGCCAAGAGUGAAGCAGGAGACCCAUCCAAUCCUGACGAGUCUCCCAAUGGCUCUAUCAACCCAGCUGAAAUUCAGGAUGAGGGUUUAGAGGGGUCUGAUGACACUAUGGAACAGCAGCCCCCAUUCCUGCUCAAGGAAGAAGGAGUCACAGACUACAGGCUGCAGUCAAUGGAACAGGAUGCAGAUGAUGAGGCAGCUGAUGAUACAGAUGACACGAGCUCAGUGACUUCUUCAGCUAGCUCCACUGCCUCCUCCCAGAGUGGCAGUGGCCCUGGUCGGAAGAAGAGCAUCCCCUUGUCUAUCAAAAACUUGAAGCGAAAGCACAAGAAAAAGAAGACUAAGGUAUCUCGAGAAUUCAAGCCAGGAGACAGGGUGGCAGUGGAGGUGGUGACCACAAUGACCUCAGCAGAUGUGAUGUGGCAAGAUGGCACAGUGGAAACCAACAUCCGUUCGAAUGAGCUCUUCCCUGUGCAUCACUUGGACAACAAUGAAUUCUGCCCAGGAGACUUCGUCGUAGAUAAGAGAGCCCAGAGUUGUCCAGAUCCAGCUGUUUAUGGGGUAGUACAGUCUGGGGACCACAUUGGCCGAACUUGCAUGGUGAAGUGGUUCAAACUUCGGCCAAGUGGGGAUGAUGUGGAGCUAAUUGGAGAAGAAGAGGAUGUGAGUGUUUAUGACAUUGCUGACCACCCAGAUUUUCGUUUCCGGACUACAGACAUAGUCAUCCGAAUAGGCAAUGCUGAGGAAGGUGCUGCUGGCCCCAAGGAAGAUGAGCCAUCAGUAGGCCAGGUCGCCCGUGUGGAUGUCAGCAGUAAGGUGGAGGUGGUAUGGGCUGACAAUUCAAAAACGAUCAUCUUACCCCAGCACUUGUAUAACAUCGAGUCGGAGAUCGAGGAGUCAGACUACGAUUCGGUAGAUGGUAGCACCAGUGGGGCUUCCUCGGAUGAGUGGGAGGAUGAAAGUGACAGCUGGGAAACGGACAAUGGGCUGAUGGAAGAUGACCACCCCAAGGGAGAUGAGCCCAUUGUGCCUCCUACCGAGCUUCCAAUCACCACCGAAGAGGACAAGGGAGUGGUGAUCAGUGAAGAGGCCGUGGCUGCAGCAGCUGCCAUCCAGGGAGCUGUCGCCAUGGCUGCCCCUGUGGCUGGGCUGAUGGAAAAAGCAAGCAAGGAAGGGCCCCCAAAGAGUUUCCGGGAACUGAAGGAAGCCAUCAAGAUCCUGGAAAGUCUGAAGAAUAUGACAGUUGAACAGCUCCUGACUGGUUCACCCACUUCACCCACUGUGGAGCCUGAGAAGCCCACGCGGGAGAAGAAAUUCCUAGAUGAUAUCAAGAAGCUGCAGGAAAAUUUGAAAAAGACACUAGACAAUGUGGCAAUUGCUGAGGAGGAAAAAAUGGAGGCUAUGCCGGAGGCAGAGCGCAAGGAGGAAAGGGCUGAGGCUCAGUCUCCCGUUCGAUCAGAGUGGCCCAGUGAGACCCCAGUGCUCUGCCAGCAGUGUGGUGGCAACGGGGUCACUUUCACUAGUGCCAAGGGCGAGGUCUUCUCUGUAUUGGAAUUCGCACCCUUUAAUCAUUCAUUUAAGAAGAUCGAGUUCCAGCCACCAGAAGCCAGAAAAUUCUUCAGCACAGUAAGGAAAGAGAUGGCACUGCUCGCUACCUCGCUUCCAGAUGGCAUCAUGGUCAAAACUUUUGAGGACCGAAUGGACCUCUUCUCAGCCCUGAUUAAGGGUCCUACUCGAACCCCUUAUGAAGAUGGCCUCUUCUUGUUUGACAUCCAGCUCCCCAACAUUUACCCUGCUGUGCCACCCCACUUUUGCUACCUCUCCCAGUGCAGUGGGCGGCUGAACCCCAACCUGUAUGACAAUGGGAAGGUGUGUGUCAGUCUACUGGGCACAUGGAUUGGAAAGGGAACAGAAAGGUGGACCAGUAAAUCCAGCCUUCUACAGGUGCUCAUCUCUAUCCAAGGUCUGAUCCUGGUGAAUGAACCUUACUACAAUGAAGCAGGCUUUGAUAGUGACCGGGGCUUGCAGGAGGGCUACGAGAACAGCCGCUGCUAUAAUGAGAUGGCACUGAUCCGUGUGGUACAAUCCAUGACCCAGCUGCUGCGGCGUCCACCUGAGGUCUUCGAGCAGGAGAUCCGGCAGCAUUUCAGUACAGGAGGCUGGCGAUUGGUGAACCGAAUUGAAUCCUGGCUAGAGACCCAUGCCCUCCUUGAGCGGGCCCAGGAGCUGCCCAAUGGGGCCCCCGGGGACGGCAGCUCACCUGAGCCACCCACAACUACUGAGUUAUCUGACUCCGGCCGAGAAGAGCCAGAGGAAGCAGGGGUGGCUCCUGGUGAUGCCUCCCAGGGUUCAGACUCUGAGGGUGGUGCCCAGGGACCGGCACCUUCAGUUAGCAAGGACUUAAUAGAGCAGACCCCGGAGGCCACCCCAGACUCAUCUGUGCCACCCAGUGUCAAACCAAAGAAGCGGAGGAAGAGCUACCGAAGCUUCCUGCCUGAGAAGAGUGGCUACCCAGACAUCGGCUUCCCCUUAUUUCCACUCUCUAAGGGUUUUAUCAAGAGCAUCAGAGGAGUCCUGGCACAGUUCCGGGCAGCCCUGGUGGAGGCAGGUAUCCCUGAGGGCACAGAGGACAAGUAGCAACCCCCAGACUGAAAAGACAGUGGACACAGUGGGAGAGGUUGGCCUGCUGCUUAACUCCCUCUCCUGGAGUCUCCCUUCUCCUUUUUUUCCAUCCCCAAAAAGAGGGCCCCCUGCUGCCCUCAUCCCCCCAAGGUGAGUGAUGCUGAAGUGAAAGGAGUUUCUAGAUGCACUCCCAUUUCUGGUCUGAAGCUGUCUUAGAGCAAGAGGCUCUUUUGCAACAAAAAGAAUCUGAACUUCCUAGGUUAUUUUUUAUCAUUUUUUUUCUCCUUUUCCCCCUGUUAACUUCCUAACAAAAAAAAGAAAGCCCAGUUCUUCCUUCUCCCUUCCUUUGCCACAAAAAGUUCCAGAAAAUAACACUGAGGCUGUCCUUAGGCCUGAACGUUUUGUUCAUUAGUGGCAAGACCUAAUCUCUGGAGCAGUGGAUGUGCCUUGCAUUCAUUGUAGUGGGGAAAGCCACGCUCCAGUGGCCCCUUGCCCUCUAGAUUGACUCCUCUGCUGCCCAAUCCUGUCUCUGCCACUCUUUCCAGAAUCUACUGUCUCUUGUCUAUGCCCCACGCAGAGCAGUUGUUCCUUAGGGACUUCCUGGGGCCUUUCCCAUCAGUCACACCACCCUAUCAGAACCUUGCCUGUGUUAGUUCGUUACCCAUAAGGUAGCAGUGGCACGUAGAGGGGAUGGUUUAGCACUCUGGAAUGAGGGUGAAGAUAAUGGAUUUGAUGGGGAGGUAAAAGCUAUAGGUGCCUUGCUGAUCCCAGACCCGACCAUGUGGGAGAAUAAGCAGCUUUGGUUUCCUUAAGCUCAAAAACUUUUUGAACUGAGACUAUAAGUGCUCCUUCCUCUCCUUACCCAGAAGUGAAAGUGCAGCAGGAAGGAGGGAGUAAAGUGCUAGGGACUCUGCCCCUGUCAUCACAGUAGCCACUUGACAACAUGGAGAGGUGACAUGAAGCUCAUACCAGAGAGGCUCCCCUUCCUCAGCAGCCAGCCCAUUCUGGUGUGAGAGUGAGGAACCCAGCUGGUUCUAAUGCAGAGACUCUGCAAGCUGAGGUGAGUUGUAGCCAGCUGGGGACUCACACCUCUCCCAAGACACGCACAGAGGUUUACACAUUUUCUAAGCUUUUGAUAAUGUGAAGCUCCAGGUUAUGAGGUUGCUAUUGAGCACAUUGCAGCUAUGUAAUUUUUUUGGUGUAUGUAUUGUAAUAUUUAAGGUUUAAAAAAAAAAGCUAAAAUCUCAUAAAAGACAAAAACCUUAAACUUAAGAAAAAGACAAAAAAAAAGCCAAAGCAUGAUGCAUCUUGUUAGCCUUAAGCUGACUCCACAACUGUGCUGUACUAUAACCAGCUAGCAGCAGCUGCAGCAGUGGGGAGAGUGGUCAGAGGCAGGACUGUGGGUGGCAUUUGAAGACUUGAUUCUAUUCUGUACAGUAUUUAAGAACAAAACAGGAUUGACUGCUGGGGCCGUGCUUCAAAGUGCGUUCAUUGUUCAUGUGGAGAUGUGAAUGCCCUAUUGCUUAUAAUAUCUGUAUAAAGUGCUGUGUGAUUAAAGUUUUUUUACCUGCAUUUUUUUUUCCAGUUUGGCUCAUUAGAAUGUAAAAAUAAACAAAAAAGGUAAUGCCAUUAAACCUGCCUCUGCCACUCA